AGACCGCCUUGAUAUUGCUAAUUCUCGAACAUAGGCAUGUGCCACAAAGCAUCCUCAACCCUGGACUGUACUACAUCCUCGAAGGCAAACGUUGAUCAACUGCUACACGCUUUCUCCAUCAGCGGCACGAAUGCCAUCAGCCCCUUCCUCAACUCCGCUUUGACACUUCAAAACAAGGUGUUUAUACCGUUCCUAGUAGGCGCAGGGUGCGACUUUUUCCUGGCCAUUGUCUUCGUGACACUCUUCAAGCGGCACCAGAAGAAGAGUGCUUGGGAAGACAAGGACGAGCGCACGUGGCAGAACUUCAAACUUGCCACAAUGGUCACCUCAUGGUUAAGCACUGCAUUCGCGUUGGCGGUGGCAUGGGCUACAUCUCAGGCUCUGGCCUCCGUUACACACCCGGCCGAUAUCUUCGCUAGAAGUGGUCUCGACAUCGCUGCUGGAUCGGCUAUUCAGGGACUUCAAUGGACUAUUGCGGCGUUGGCAUUCAUCUUUUUUUGCGGAUUGCAUAUUAUCCUUCACCCAAGUGCUGGCGAUGGGAAAUGAGGCCCUGGGUGAAACGUCAGGAAGAUAGUACCAUUGUGGUGUAUGUUGGGAUGAAGACUGGAUUAGGGGAU